UAAAGUAUGUGUCGCUACGACUUCCCAGGCGAGUCCGGCCAGUCCAGUUUAAACACACAGGCACAGAUAGAUAAGGUGCAUUAAUAUUGAAGCAUAAUAUAUUUUCCGUGUCAGCGCCACGUAGUCACUCAGCGAGACAUUUGCACACACCGUUGUCGUUGCAAUGUGGGGCUGGACACACGAAGAAACCAACCUAACUAGAUACUGACGACUUGAGGGUGUUACUGCACUCGUGGUGCAUGUUUUGAAGAAACCGACACUCCCGGCUCUGGUGGAAAACGGCGACACAUUCCCAGCCACAUUGCGCAAGUUUACAUACAGCAAGGGGCGAGUGGUGUGGAAUGAUCCACGCCCAGUCAGUUUUAGAACCUCUCCAAAAUGGCGCUUGUUGCUGCAAAGAAGACUAGCUCGGCGCUCAGCAUACGAAAUCUGGACGCAGCGCAGAAAAUAUGGGACUACAUGAAACUCAACCAGUCUCUCACACAGAGUGAUGUCAUCAUAGCAUUGGGCAGCAAUGAUCUUAGAGUAGCGGAAGUGGCCUCUGACCUGUUCCUAAGGGGCAUGGCGGACUGGAUCGUUAUGUCUGGAAAAAGUGGAUUGUUGACAAAAGGAAAAUGGCCGAAGUCGGAGGCGGAGAUGUUUUUCGACUUAGCCACCAGGAAAGGAGUGCCAAAGGACCGCAUCAUUGUGGAAAAUCAGUCAACAAACAGUGGAGAAAAUGCCAGGUUUACUUACGCCCUCUUAACGAUGAGAAACAUAACAGUAGAGUCGCUCAUUCUGGUCCAGAAACCGUUCAUGGAACGUCGAGCCUACGCCACCUUUAUGAAGCAAUGGCCUCGACCGUGUAACAUCAUGGUGACGUCACAGAACACUUCCAUGAUGGAUUAUCCGAACAGUGACGUAGGGACUCUUGCUGACGUCAUAUCCGUGUUGGUCGGGGAUAUGCAGAGGUUGCCGCUGUAUGCAGAGCGAGGUUUCCAGGUUGCCCAGGAGAUACCGCCUGAUGUGUGGCAAGCCUACAAUGUACUUGUAGAGAGUGGGUGGUUUGGGUCACAUCUGAUUAAAUGACAUAAGGUGAUGCAGCUGUCCCUACAGUGAUUUAUAAUUAUUUAUUUUAAGAAAUAUAGGACUCGUUGUAGAGUACUUUAUUUCUUAUAUGAUAUAUCAACAUUAUGUACCACCUCAUUAAAGAUAGUGAUA